AACACUUUCCAAUUUGACAACAGAACAUCUCUCUCCCCCCCUCUCUCUCUCAGACCAUCUCUCUCUCUCUCUCUCAAUUGGUGAGUCUCUGCAAAAUUUCAGCAGCAGUUGCAGCAGCAGGAAUUUGCAGAAGAUGGUGUUGACACAUUGCACAUCCUUUUGUUUGGCUGCACUCAACUAAAGGCUAAACCCCUUUCACAUCUCGCGCUUACGCCUCCGAUCAACUUUUCUCGUCAAUAUCAGGCCUAUGAAUAUAUGGAUUAUAGCCUAGACCCUCAAUUCACUUCAAUCCCCAAUUCACACCCGCUGGAUGAUGUAAGAUUUCGAGAUCAUGUGCAACAAAAAAAUGGAAACAAGGAUGAUGAGCUUGUCAAGCACAUGACUAAUUUGCCUGCUUUUCUUCAACCAAUGGAUACGAGACAGAGUUUUCAAGGGAAGCUUCUCCAUUUCGGAGUUCUUGAUUGGCAGCGUUUGGAGAAAUGGAACAACCAUCAGGACAUCGUGCAAUCAUCUUCUUCUGCCACGACCCCGUCUUGUAUGCCUGCUCAAUCAUCGACACUUUCGACUGCACCUUCCCACACCAAAAAUUAUGCUUCUCAGAGGAACAAGUACCCGUCUUCUGAUGGGCUGCGUCCUAACUCAGCUUACCAAGACAAACAAGCUGUUUGGUCUCGAGGCAAGGUCACCAAACCUCGAGGAUUUGAAACGGCUCCAUGGAGCAAUGUAGAUGGAAAACAGAACUUUCACAUGAAAGCUAAAUCUUCUGGUGAGAUGUUUUCAGAUUUUGAUCAUGAGAGAGGAAGGAGGAAAGAGUCUGAUAAGUGUAACAAGUCAGCAAAGGAACUUCUGUCAUUAAACCGAAGAAAAAAUACCUUAUCGACUUCCUCACAUGUUACAAAGAGUGCACAGGAUGCUCUAGUUGGUACAAUGAUGGAUGAAAAAAUAGAUAUUCCUCGCCAGCCAUGUGACCACGACAGCAUUGUUCUCCUUUUACCCAAAAGCUCUCCCAGCAGGCGGGGCACGAAGAGUAUCCAGCUUCCAAAAUCCAGGACUUCAUUUGAUAGCAUUCCGGGGGAAACAGAUUUGAAUCUAGGAUGCUUGUCCCCUGAGGAGGAGCUUCAUUAUUUACAACUCUAUUCUGAGGUACCUCACUCUUGUCCACUCCCUCAGAAUGUUGCUACACGUGUAGAGUCUAAUGUGGAACAAUGUAGUUCAGUCAAUUCUCUGGAUGUAAAGCUUCAGUUUGACGCAUCUGGUUUGCAUCAAAGGCCGAAAGAAGAGCCAUUCAUACCUUUAUACAGUAAAUGUCGGGAACUGCACAGCUCAAGGUUAGAAUCUUCAUAUCAGGCUCCCCGCAGAUUGAAUCAAGGUAUUUCAGCAAAGCAGGUGACACCAGGUAAACAUGUAGGUGAUAGCAGCUAUGCUAGGAAGGCCAGAAAUGCAACUUUGAAGAAGGAUCUUUCUAUCACACGAUCAGAAUCUUCUUAUUAUACAGUUAAUUCUGGUCCACUAGAGUCUGGAACUUGUGCUAGUUGGGAUGCAUUCAACCGCGACAAUACAAGUGCAACGUCCAAGAUAUCAAGUACACCUGACCCUCCCAGCAGAAUAAAUCAAGAUACACUGGAACAGGCAGCUACAAUGGUAAUGCAUACAUCACCUAGUCGACGCUUUACUUUUAGCAGGAUGACCAGAAGUCUAAGCUAUAAGGAGGGUACUUCUCUUCCACCUUUAAGCUCUUCUUCCGCUAAAGUUAAGUCUGGGCCACUAAGCGUUGAAGCUUUUCGCGGUUUAGAUAAAUUUGACCCAAACAGUGUAACUGCUGGUUACGAUCCCAAUUUAAGCCCUUCAACUAAGACCGAGACUUCAAGGACAUUGGAUCAUGAUCUCCCUGAGCAGCCUGGUAUGACAGGACGUCAUUCAUCACCUAGUCGAUUUAGCUUUAGCAGGAUGACCAGAAGUUUCAGCUUUAAGGAGGGGUCCUCUGUUCCACGGUUAAGCUCUUGUGGUACAGAGUCUGGGCCAGUAAGGUCUGAAGCUCCUAGUGGUCCGAAUGACCUUAGUCAAGACAACUUACGUGUUAGUAACAGUGCCAGGUUUGGUCCUUCAGCUACAACUGAGACACCCAAGAGAUUGGCUCAAAAUAUUGCUAAACAGCCUGAUACUGCGGGAAGGCACACCUCGCCUAGUCGGCGAUUUAGCUUUAGCAACCGUCGUAAGAUAAGUAAGAGUCUUGACUUCAAGGAGGUUUCUUCAGGUCCACAGUUAAGCUUCAAGUCCCAUCCAGCAGCACUCGAUGCAGUUAUUGGUUUGGAUAGAUUUAACCAAGACAGUAUUAGUACUAGCAACAGAACCAGGUCUAGCCCUUUACGGAGGUUGCUAGACCCACUGCUAAAGCCAAGAGGAGUAUUAAGUUCUGCAGAGACUGUAAAACCAUUAAAACAAGACUUGACAUCUGUGAACCUCAAGCCCUUGAGUACUAGCGAGUUGCUUCAGAAUCAUAGGCAUGAGACGUCGAAUGUUCAGGCUCUUCUGCAGUUAACACGUAAAAAUGGACUUCCCUUAUUUAAACUCGUGGUUGAUAAUGGAAGUGAUGUCCUUGUUGCUGCAGUUAAACAAUUGCCAACACCGGGUGAUAAUGCUUCUUGCUUGAUCUAUGCACUCUACUCCGUUCAUGAAAUAAAAAAUAAAAAUGGAAGUUGGAUGAGUCAAGGAUUUAGAGGGAAGCGUUCCAGCUUUGGCUAUAACAUCAUUGGUCAGAUGAAAGUUUUCAAUUCUUGUCCUCCAGGUUAUGGUGGAGAGAACUUGAAAGACCAAUAUGUGUCAAGGGAAUCCGUUUUAUAUGGUGUUGAAAUGCAACAUGGAAACAAGGAAACACCAGAAUUGAGGCCAAGCAAGGAACUUGCAGCUAUUGCUAUCAAAAAUCUGAAUCAGGUAAUAAAUGACAGGGAACAGGGACAUAAUGGCAAACUUUGUUCGCAUGAGGGGUUCACAGACCAAUUCGUGGAACAUACCCGUGAUGGAAGAGAAACUAAUGACUCUGAUAGCACUACAGUCAUUCUUGGUGGUGUUCAUGGCUUGCCAGAGAAAGUAUUACCUUCACCAUCACUGAUAUGCAGAUAUGGUGGCUCUUGUGACUGUGGAGGAUGGGAUGUUGGUUGUAAACUACAAAUUCUCACUACUCAAGAUCAAAAGAGGAACUCUGGACCUUCAAGUUCUUGUUCUACUGGUCUAGAUCUUUUUUCUGAGGGCGGCCACCAAGAAAAUAAGCCAAGUUUCAGCCUUUCCCCUUUCAAGACUGGAGUUUACUCCGUCGAAUUCAAUUCAUCAAUCUCUUUAUUACAGUCAUUCUUCAUGUCUAUAGCAUUUAUAAGUAGUCAGAAACUACAUGAAAUAUUUGAAGGGAUGUUGGAUGCAAGAAGCUUUACUCAGCCUAACAUUGACAAGCUGGAGUUUCCAAUUGCAAUCCCAGGGGAUAUCCCAGCAAAAUAUGUUACGAAGCCCCCUCCAUCCCCAGUUGGUAGAGUUUAGUCCUGGCAUAGGUAUUGCCAUUUAGUUGUGCAGUUCUUAAAAUAGCUUAGCAUUAGAUAUGAGGCUUCUACACUUCAUUAAUUGUCUCAAUAAGUUUGUAAAGUCCGAUUCUGUAGAUCCAGUGGAACUUGAGCAAUAAGUCUGUUUAGGAUUUAGAUAUGACCAUCUAAUUUGGUUUCACAUGUUUCAUUGUGUAUAUAGUAACAUCUUACCCUGAAGAAAGUAACAAUGAUACUAGCAAUGAGAAGAAUUAUUACCAGAUAUCUCAAUGAAUCUUGCCUAAAUUGCA